ACGGCGGGUCAGUGUGUGUUGAGCGCGCGUGGAGGAGGGAGGUGUUGGAGCUGAGUGUGUCAGGCUCUUUGGGUCCUGCCACACUCCCUCACCAGCCAGUUCGGUACCGGUCACCACACUGAGGGAGCUGUACCAUCUGGGUCAACAAAAUACUUCAUCUUGCCCUUGAUACAGGCUGUUUUUCUCAUGAUACUUUACCAACAUCAAAAUUGAGAGCACACCUGGCCUGGCGGUCCCCCAACACUCACCUAUGAUGGUCGUAUGUCGCGCCGUGCAGGACGGGCUAGUGCAAGUGGAUGACUGUGGGUGAGGCAGUGAGAAGGGUAAGUUAACGAAACAGGUGAGACAGCGGGAGACAGGUGAAACGGCAAAAGGUGACAGAGAGAUAGGUAAAACAGUGAAGAUUGACAGCGAGACAACGAGACAGGUGAAACUGCGAGUGACAGGCGAGACAGGGACACCAUGGGACGGAACGCCUCCAUCCAGAUGUUCCUUCUGACCUUGACUGGCUGUUCCUGGAUGUUGCUCUUCCUCUCCAUCACCCUCCCAGACUACCAUGUCUUCAGGGUGUACCAUGCUGCCAGCGCGGCAGCCGCCCCACACACCACCACCAGGGAGAUGAUCCCUGUGAGGUGUGUUGGGGUACAGGGUGUGUCUGGAGGGGCAAGCUAAACCAGCAGCCGCGAGGAUGACGCCCCAAGCGUGGCAGGGGGCACCAGCUGGGGGGCACGCCUUGCCUGGGCUGUGGGCAUGGGCGGCAAGAAGAAGGAAAAAGUGACUCCUGCAAAAAUAGCAGAGGCAGGAGGCGUGGGCGCCUUCUACUACUACACACUCCACACCACCUUCACGGCUCUCAGGGUCAGACUCAAGAAGGCCCAGCAGGUGGCAGGGGACGUGCAUGAGGAGGUGGCCAGCCUUGGGGAGAGGGUGGCCCACCUCCACCACACCCUCACCACGCACUUCUCUCCGCGCCUCAACCCUUACCUCCACAAGCCUCGCCUCACUCAACCCUCACGCGGUACCAACAACGUGAAAGGCAACAAGGACGCCAACACCAGUACGCCCAAUUACCAGAAGACGCAAGAACUUAAAGCGGAAAAAGGCGAAGGUAGUAGUAGUUCCCGACGUCAAAAUUUAGUGCCUACACUUAACGCUCGCCAGGAAAACCUCCGUCGCGUUUACCCAGUCAAGGUCGUCAAGCCAUCAAAAGAAAAGAAAGAAAGAGAGGCUUUGGUGGCAGCUGACGGCACCCGAGUUAGACUUAAAAAUACAAACUCAGGCCUUGGUGACUCACAUCACAGGCAGAUACACUAUGUCUACCCAGGCAACGGUCUUUCUCAUGUUAAUGGUAACCCACACAGUGAAAGAAAUAAAAACUUAAAAAUGGAACAAAUGACGAAUCAAGACCGAACAUCCGAAAAUGUAAACAGAGACAAAAUUCGAACUUUAUUUUCAAGUAAUUUCCGUCAUCAGUUGAGCGUUAACGGAACAGGUGAUCCGUGGAGGCACAGAUCAAAGCUUCUUCAAGGCUUAAGUAGUGAGUCAUCGGGAAGAGAGGCUGAGAGGGCAGGGAAGACAGACAUGGCUAAGGCAAGAGGUGGUGAAAGGCAGUGGUUGUUGGAGUUGGGAGACACGGGUGACAAGAAAGCCAGAGGCUGGUCCUCAAACUUAGGGGAGGACGGCGUACGGCGGGCAGUGUCAGUUGUGGUGACCGGGAAGGAACAUGCUGUUGAUGGAUUAUUGGACAGCUUGGGCCGCAUCUACCCGGGGAUAACAGUACAUCUAGUAACGAUCACACCUCCAUCACAACGGUCAAAUCACCAGAUUCGCCUUAUUGUCCACAAAGUGGAAACCAACACAACCAAUGGUGUCGCCUUCACGGAGGUCCUGAGGCACAUUACCACACCCUACGUGCUAAUUGCUUCAGGUAUGGCUUCCAUUACACCGCUGUCUAAACUGGAGCGGCUAGUAUGGGCAGCAGAACAUUUAGGAGUGUGGGCAGUUGGUGGCGGGGUUGAAACUCCUUCAGGUCGCUGGAGAACAGGAUGCCUCACCUCCAGUUACGCCCACUAUCAGGCCAGUUGGACACGGGGACGACUAGGUAUUGCUGGCGAGUGUUUAAUAUGUCAGGGAUUGGAGGGACCAUUUUUGGCUAUGACCACAGCCUUGAGACAUCUUGGUUGGGACACAAAACUACCCAGAGAAGUCCUUGAGCUUGAUCUUUUCCUACGGGCGGCUCAUUCUCUCAACAUGAUGGCAGCAUCAUGCCCAAAAUCAUUAUUUACAAUCGAUAGUGAGUUAGAGCCACCGUCGCGACCCGCCUUGCUAAGCCUCGCCCGUCAUCACAGCGUGUACUCCCUGCAAGCAGCUGGUGGAGUCCUCGUUACCUUCUCCUGCAGCGAGGUCGGCGCCAGCUGCGGAGACACCAAGUUGGCUCUGCCACCCUGUUGUCGCCAAGAGUUGGCCAGCCUCGUCCGUUUCCUGAUGGACACCUGCGAAGCUCACGGACUGCUGUGUGAGCUGCAAGAGGGAACACUACUAGGAGCGGUGAAGCUGGAGGGCGUGAUGCCCUGGGAGCGAGAUGCUGACAUAACCUUCCACACCAAGAAUUUCACCGCCCUCGGGGAGCUCAAGGACGUGUUCGACCGUGCCGGAUACUCACUCUACCUCACUGACAACCGGUGGUGUUGUGUGGACGGGCGGUGGGCGGGCGGCCAGGGCACACUCUCCAGCGGCCAGUGGCGUGCUGAGCUGUGGAGCCAACACGCCAUGGACUCUGAAGACAAUCUGUUGGCAGGACGCCCACGAACUAGGAUAGAGUUCGACGGGUCAUGGGUGCCGGUGCCUACCAGUCCAGCUCAGUACGUCAGGAACCGCUACGGGGUCGAGGUGUUCCGUCACGCCCAGCACUGGUUAGAUACAGGCCGCACCUCUGGCUGGGAGGAAUACGAGGCUGGUAAGUUCCUGCCGUGUUCUCGCCCCGCCCACCACGCCUGUCUCGACCAGUACCUGCCUGACGGUAACCUGAAGCUCCACCCAUUGUGCGUCACAUAGACAGCCCUGGGGUGACUCACGAAGAAGUUCUCAAUCAGUAUGUACCCUCAAGCUACACCCGUGCUGUUACGUGAGCAGAUCAAGCUUCUCCCACUGUGUUACGUAAUCACACAUAUUCCACCCAGUGUCCUACGUAAUUAAAAAAGAUCGACCUUCUGUAUUGCGUAAUGUCAACAACGUUCACUCAGUCUUGCGUUCCACGUGCAGGGUAGUGUUUUCGAACACUCAUAUACCGUACACUGAAAUGCCAAUCACAAGAGGUUAUGGCGCACUAGCAAUAAACUUCUGGGAUUAUGUAAGGUUUUUUUUAGUGAGUUUCAAUUUAUGAAAUAGGAUAAGUAUUUUAGGUGCAGUUAGACCACAUCCACCCAUGUUUGUAGUGACAUAUAACACGGGUAUAAUAAUCUCCGCCCCUUUGGCUUUCUAACCAUGUGAACGAGUGAGUUACACCAACACCCUGUAGCCACCACUCUACCGUCUACAUUACUGGCACUCGUAGCCUAAACCUUGUAUCGUUUCCUCUCUUUGUUUCUUCAAGAGUUGUAUGAACACUAGAAUAGUUUUGAAGAUCUGCCGACUAACUCCGCCCUUAUCGAUCUUGUGUAAUUUAGACAUCAGACUAGUUUUGAGGCUUCUAAUUCCGCCCCUUGUUAAUCUUAGACAAUUAGAGUACAAGAAGACUGCUGUUAUAUGUCGGUCUUAUAACAUUUGUCCCCCAGUAGGGGUAGAGAAACACACAACUUAAGAGUGUUAAGAGACACAAUAGAAUACAACAGCCUAGAGCAACCAUAGUUCCUUAAGCUUUUUCUACCCUAAUCAUGCAAUAAAUAGUAAAUACAAAGAAGAAUAUUAGGGACCAGCAUCGACCUAUAUUCCUAAACAUGUAGGCAAAGGAGGCGCCUUAGAACCCUUUGUUACUUCCCUUCCAUUAGUGAUAGAAGGAUAUUUACCCUCUAGAAUUGUGCAACACCGUCCAGCCACUGUUAUCUCUAGUUCCAGUUUGUGCCAAGUAGUUGUGUGACGAGGCUCGUCCACCUCACAAGAAGUGGUGUGUCGACCCCUCCCACCCCCUCAAGUUUGUAGUUCUGUAAAGAACUUUUGUUGCAAGUGGUUCGUGUAAAUAAUACGUAACUUACUGUUUUAUCACUUUGUGACCUUCACUUAAGAUAAAAUCUGACAACUGAAGUGUUGCGUUAACACAUUAACGUUUCACUAUCAGUAAGCAAGUGUCUUACUGACAAGCUUCUGUAACACAUUAGACUGUAAUACAGACCAUCACUGGAUGGUUUACUGUACCGGAGCUUGUCCACAUAAUUUCGUCUUUAAGCCUUGAAUAGUUCUAAAUUAGGUACCAUAUGUGCUUAUUUGUGUUAUGAUAAUGAAAUUUACCUCCCCUGAAAAAAAAACAUUUCCAUAUAAUAAAACAUAAAGAGUUUUUGUUAAUAAACGAGUAGUUAACAGUAUUAUCUGCAGCUUCUUUGGUCAAUAGACAAAUAAUUCGUAAGAGUGAAGAUAUUCUCUCUAGUUAUCACCUACAAUUUACUAGUGAUCCUCCAGUAUAUUAAGAGACUAUCACACUGCUUUGUACAUCCGCCGACCCACAGACAGUUGGCGAUUUCCGAAAACUUCCAACUCGAUUUUCGCCAACUUGCCUCGAGCUGGAUUUUAUGAUAAACAAAAAAUUCUCCACCACCAUUUUACUUCCCAGAAUCAAAUAAGUUUCAGUACUAUUUCUAACAGUGCUUAUGAACAGUGCCUCUAGCCACUAGUUCAAUUGCAAUGAUUUUAUUAAAAUUUUGGAAAAGUAAAAUAGAUUAGUUAUUUACGAAUUUUAUGUUCACUUCAGAAGUUAUAACCUACUUUUAGUUCACACUGUUACUAGCAAACAAGGAGAGACGACCGAACGACAGUUUUCAUGAAACAAGUAAAAUGAGGGAUGUCCACAACUGAGGUUGUAAUUAAUUAUCACAAGGAGCUGUGAUCUUCCAAGACAAAAUUUUUCUGACAUCAAGUCUCGCCAUCUAUACGCACAACUGAUAGGGAUUUGGUGAUAGGAAGGACACCGCGCGUGUGGUUAGAGGCUGGAGAUCAACACUUGAGUUUUGCGAAAUUUUUGAUUAGUGUGAUGCUGACUUCCGUCAACAGGUGCCAAUAUUCGGCUUAAGUCAUUCGCCAACUUCUCGCGUUAAUGUAAACAGCAUGAGUUUCUAAACCAUUAGGUUACAGAAUACAAGUGAAACAUUGUACAUGCUGUUAACAAAGUCCCUUGAAUUUUGUGUUUACUGAGUUCCUCGUGGCAAUUAGUUAUCCAAAACGCCGGUAUGACUCUCUUUACAUGAUUACCCUUCACCAUCUGAGCUGUGACAUAGACUUGCUACCGGAAUUGUCAUACCGUAUCACGGUCGUCGGUGAUUCAUACCUUUACAAGUUAAACAUGCCAGUCCAAGUCAGUGUCACAGCGAAAACUACAGUUGAGCAGAAAACUGGUAAACAUAACUUGAGUUUUUGAUGUGUGACUUUCCUAAGGGACUGUAAGAACAAACAUCUAGGGACUUUGUAAACAUCCUGUAGUUGCCAGCAGAAUGUACUUGUGGACUAUAGAGACGAGUCUCUCGUCGCAAAAGAGAACCCAUUAAAAGGGUGCUGACACCUUCCUUUUUGUGGAUCAGUUGCACCUCAUAUUUUACGGCUGGGAUAAGUUUGAUAGCUACAGAUAAAUGUGCAUGUGAACCAGCUUACCUGUUAGUCCUGUCCGGUUAAUACUACACUGGUGGCAGGCGGGGAUCCUGAGAGAUGAGGCGUGAGGCACAACCCUUGAACCCCUGCCAGGUAGGUAGUGGACACACAUCCUCACGCCCCUCCUGGUAACGAUUUCGUUAUUAAAGUGAGGGCACAUGGUACAUUGGUGGAGCUAUGUCUAUAAUGAGAAUCCUGGACCUUUUCACCAUUUAUUAUAAUAGUGAUUUAAAAAAAGAAAAGACCGGAAAUUAGACAAAAAGUGAGUGAAAUAACGAGGCAUAUGAUAAUAACUUAAUCUCAGUAAAAUUACAAUGUGAGUGAACGAGAACUAAAAUAUAUGUGACAAGGCAAAAAUUAUUACUCCCCCUGGGCAGAAUAAUAUCAUCCUGUCAUCUAAUUACACAACACUGUUCAACGUUCGGGCAGUACAGUACAGGGUAGCUUGGACCUAACAACACUUGGAUUCUGAAGAACCAACUGAUAAUAUGAACUUGAUGCUGAGCUACACAAUAGUGCCUCUUUAGAAUUAAUGAAGGACAACACCUAGUCCUUCAUUGUCUUACCAUGUGAUGUUGAGAAUCAUUGUGACAAAAAUGUUAUGGUUCAUCGUGAUUGAAAAUUAAAUCAAAAGUGUAUGGCCUCAGUGUUUCAAGAAAUGUUCCAGUAUAUUCACACAUGUGCAUCUAACUGAUAUUACUUGAAUAAUCUUACUUUACAUUAACAGUAGUUUGCUGUAGCUGUUAAGACACAAUAGUUAGGAACUUUAUCUAUCCCUUGUGGGAGCUAUAGACUAAGUAGUGAGAGAUAUCCAUGAGAUACCUGCAGGUGAGAAACAACCUGGACAAGAAGGUACUGUGACGUCACCAUUGCAGCGCCCAGGAACAAACAAACUAGUGUGGCCAGAGUAGCAAGAACUCUCUCACUGUCAACAGGGAAAACAGGUAGACGUCGAAUCCUGUUAGAGGACGCCUUCCAACUCUUAAAUGAUGACGUGGAAUACUGCGAGGUUUAGCAAGACGUGACGACGUACUGUAGGUGUGAGGUGAGGCGCACUGGUCUGCACUAUGUAAUGACUCAACUACUGUGUACUGGUUGUGUGUGUUGCCUCUACUACACCAGCUGAUGACUAUAUAAUGUUAACAUAAAUACAUAAAUAUGUUUGUCACAUUCAUAUCCGUAGUAGUGUAUUAUUAUUUACAUGUUGGUUGUGUAUCCCGACUUUACCAUAUCUGUUGACAACUUCCCCUUGCAUGUUUGGAUAUAAUUUCCGUCCAGUGAAGUUCACGAUCGCAAUAACUUUGUGUUGUGGGUGGUAUACAGCUGACGUAUAUUAGCGGAAGUUUAUGAAGUGUUAAUGCUAUUAUAAAAUGCACACAAACACACACAUAAAUAUUAGUUUUUGUUUUAUAUCUACAAAUAUAAUAUAUAACAACUGUCAGUCGAGAAAAUGAUAGAUAAUUGUUUAUUUCUCGAUUCUUAAAUAUAAUGCGUUUUAUAUUCCUGAUAAAUUGUGUUUUUGUUUGUCUUAGGCAUUUUACAUUAAGUACUGUUAAUUAACACAUGAAAACAAAAUAUUAAGAAUAUAUUUGUUAAUGAGCAAGCUAAGAGGCUCGCUGAGUCAUUGUUUACACUUUUAAUUUAACAAUUCGUGAAUGUGGUUCUUCUUCUUUGGUUGAAUUAUUUUGUCGUCGAUAUUGUGUUAUAAUUAUCGAUAACGUUUUUCUUUUUACUUACAUAUCAUAUUAAUAUUAGAGCUUUAUUAAAAUUUAUGUAUUGGGGUUGGCGACACCUGUGUAACAUUGUCAGCCAGCGCUGAGACAAUUGCACACCAUGAUGCCUCCACCCACACAGACUAACAUUCUUUAAAAUAUAUAUAUAGUAAACUAAUAAAAGAAUUUAUGUUUACUACACACGGUAUACUACUAGUUUAGGGAGUAAAUGUCAGUUAGCGGAAAACUUACGUGCUAGGGAAUGUAUACCAGACUUGUUGCCGUAAAUAUUAUUAACAGUGGAAACAGAAAUAUAUUUAUUACUUUUUGUUAAUGCAUUUAAUAACUGGGUGAGGAAAUGCAGGAGUGCCUGGCACCUUUGUUUACACUGUCGCACACACCUCAACAAAGGUUGCUUCCUUCCUGGUGGUUGCAUGUCAUUUUGGCUGUGGCGUCGGUGGCCAAUUCUUUAGUUUUGGUGUAAGGUAUAACCAAAGUGUGGGAUAUCAAACAAGCUUAUACACUGAAUCUGUUAUAGUAAUUUUAAUCUGAUACUAGUAAGAGCUAAAAUCGAACUUCAGUAGUGCGUUUAAUGUGAGACAACAUCGUCUUUUUUAUUCUAACAUUUCUGUCAAGCACAAAGAAAAAAUACAUUAAAAAAAAGAAGCUCGUAAUGCUUCUUUAUCCAGGGCAGAACUUUGGGCUAACGAGUGCAAGUGAGUCCCAUAGGUAUGACAGCCCGUUCGGAUACAAUGUGUAUACAUUACUAAGCCUGUGGACGGCACUGCACUCGACCACCUUCACUUCCCCAACUUAUAAAUCUAAGAUAGAUGUGUGGAUUGAGGGCGCCCAGGGAUCGAAUUAUCGAUUCUUAGGACAGGAGGCGAGCACUGAAUCCACUCAGCCACCGCCCCCUAAAUCUUACGUGUAUUUUAUUUUGAAAUUUGUUCCGAUAUACUGUUAUCUUUUACAACUAUCCAUUCCUGCAUUAUGGAUGUUAAUGAAAUACAGGACCGCAUCACUUAUAUGAUAUAAUAAUAUGGCUGUUAAAUCCCACGUAUUCUCAUGGGUGCUCCGGCUCAUGGAACAUUAACAUAAUGAAUACACAGACCACCUCACCGAGUUGAGAAUGGAUUUCAAGGUCUACUCGACUUACUCGGUGAAGCCAGGCUGCUGGAAGAUGGUCUUUCGUUUAGAAAAAAAAAAUAGCGCAUUGUGGCAGUCACCGGACCCGUUGAGAUAGUCAGGAUGUAAAAGAAUAUAUAUAACUUAAAUGACUUUUAUAUAAUUACUCCUAACAAACUUAUCCUUGAUAAUGAUACUAAGGAGAGUAAAAAAAAAAUCGUCUUCCUUAAUGAGAUCACAGGUAAAUUAUGUGCCACUACCUUUUAUUGUACUGACAGCAUAAUUUCCCUAAUACUAUACUGUACAUCAGUUUAAAAGGUUGCCAUAACACUGAAAUAUGAAGGAGAUAUUUAUGAUAUAUACUGUGUACAGAGAUGACGUCAACCAUAAGACGCUCAAGGUAAAGCAACACGAUGAUCCACGUUUGUUUAACGACAAAAAUUUUAAUUCGAUGUCCAUAACAUUACAUUACAUCAUGUAAUAAUUAAGUUUAUAAUUCCCAUUAUUAAAUAUAGUUAGUGUGUCAUUUACGCCGCUAAUAAACUUAAGUUAUAGUUUCUUAGAUAUUAUGACUUUUCUUGACGGCAAGUAAUUGUAACUUGUAUGUAACUUUAUUAAGGUAGUUACGACACCCAAGUACUAUAUAUAUAUAUAUAUAUAUAUAUAUAUAUAUAUAUAUAUAUAUAUAUAUAUAUAUAUAUAUAUAUAUAUAUAUA